AUGGCCGGUGUGGGAGAGGAUUUGGAAGGGGAGAUUGCGACGAGUUUCCUAACAAGCAGGAUCGCGUCGAAGAAGGCCAAGACCACAAUCAAGGAGAUUGAGUAUGACAGGAAAAGCUUCGCGGGGGAGAGGGAAGUGCUAACAGCAGCGUCGGAUUUCUUCGCAAAGCUGUUUCGGGAACAAGGACAUGAGGCGGACACGGAGGAGUGGCCGAUGGACCCAAAGAAAGUGUUGGAUGCAGAAGGAGCAGGUCGACUGGCAGCCCCGUGGUCAGAGGCGGAAGUGAAGAAGGCGAUUAAGGAGCUUCCGAGAGGCAAGGCGUCGGGCGCGGACGGUUUGCCGAAGGAACUAUUGGAGGACAGCUGGGAUCUCCUGGGGGAGGUGGUGAUGGACUUCAUGAGGGAGUUUGAAAGGUCCUCGAAGCUGCCGGAGAGUUUUUCGACAGCAGUAAUGAUCCUGCUGCACAAGAAGGGAGAGAAGAAGGACUUGGGGAAUUUCCGACCUAUCACGCUACUGAGUGCGGUUUAUAAAAUACACUGA